AUGUCCUCCCCGCGGCCGCAGCGCAGACGGAACAAGUCGGGCGACAUCGGACGCCUCGGCUACAUCUCGCCAAUGGCCAUACCCCUCAGCGACGCAUCCUCGCCAGCCCCCCUCAGCCCCCCCAGUCGGCAUCCCUCCAAUACGUGCCGUCGCUGGGAUUGGAGCCCCAGCCAUCUUUGGCUGCACUGCGCCUUCCGCAAAGAACUCGGGGACGAGGUCCGGAUGAGCAGGUCGUCGUACUUCCGUGGCCGCUCGGGGAACGUCUGCUGGCGAUUCUUGCUGCUACGCCGAUGCGUGAAGAAGAGGAGGGCUCUGCAGGCUCUUGCGGGGAAGAGCUACCUGGGGUUCCAGGCAUGCUCGCGCGAAUGGAGCAGUGUCACGAGCGCCGUCGCGUCGCCCUUGCUCCUCGUUUUACUGGCACUCGCGGUGCAUGCUGUCGUAGCCGUCGUCAUCGCGGACACCACUAUCCCGGAUAAGAAGAACAACAGUACGCUUGACGAUCGGUGUUGGGAGAACAUCUCGCGUCGUGCGGCGAGCGAGCGUGUCUCAGAAGUGUGA